AUGACGACAAUGAAUACGGGUGUCCAACAUUUAGAGAAAGCAGCCUCAACUGCCUGUACUAUGGCUAACAAUUUUUUAGCACCUGUUAAAACAGAACAGCAAAUUUAUGAAAAUUCAAUGCUCGAAGAUGACCCUAAUGCUAAUUCUGUUGUUACAACGACAAAAACUUUACCUGAUGAUAGAACUACUAGAGAAUUUAAGUUCAAUAGUAAUAGCCGCGUUAUGUGGAAUUGUAACAGCAGACUUUAUCUCUGGAUUAGUUCAUUGGGCAGCAGACACGUGGGGAUCGGUCGAGUUGCCUAUCCUUGGAAAAGUAAGCCAUAUCAAUCAAUCGAUACUACUACUAAUUUUUUGAGGCCAUUUCGCGAGCAUCAUAUAGAUCCAACAAGUAUAACGAGACAUGACUUCAUCGAAACAAACGGCGAUAAUUUCAUGGUCACUAUUCCAGCACUGUGUAAGCUCACGUGGGAUUUUCUAACUUUACCCGAGCCAGAAAUUCAGCGGAGAUUUUUAUGGAGUUGCUAUUGGUGGCAACUUGCGAUAUUUGUAGCAAUGACUAAUCAGAUUCACAAGUGGUCUCAUACGUAUUUUGGAUUACCCGGGUGGGUGGUAUGGCUACAGGAACAUAGAGUAAUUCUCCCGCGAAGACAUCAUCGGGUUCACCAUGUUGCACCACAUGAAACGUAUUUUUGUAUUACAACUGGCUGGCUAAACUGGCCGUUAGAAAAAUUAAGAUUUUGGCCUAUUCUUGAAACAAUUAUUGAAGGCGUAACAGGUUACAAACCCCGAGCUGAUGAUUUCAAAUGGGCUCAAAAGCGAUCUUGA